GGCACGCAGCGGCCGCGCCGCAGGUUUAAAAGGAUGGUUUGGCUGGUUUCUUUUUCGCCCGCCUCUCCAGUUAAUGCUUUUAUUUAUUUAUUUACCCAUCGCUAAGCAGCUGCUCCGCGAUGCCCGGCGGGCGAGCGGCGCGGUCGGAGGGGCGCCGCGGCUGCUCCAGGUGACCCAUGCCCUCUCUGGCCGCAACAUGGCGGGCUGGGAGCCCUUCACGGCCGUGCUCUCCGCGCUGCGCCGCUGCUACGCCGAGGCCGUCCCGCUGGAGACCUUCGUCCGGCGGCUGGGGGGCGGCGGCGCCGGGGACGCCGAGGUGCUGCGGCCCGGCGACGUCCCCGGCUACCGCACCUUCGUGGGGCAGUGCCUCGUGUGCGUCCCCCGCGGCGCCCGCGCCAUCCCGCGGCCCUUCACCUUCCAGCAGUUAUCUAGUCAGAGUGAGGUGACCACAAGAGUCGUUCAGAGACUGUGUGAAAAAAAGAAGAAGAACAUCCUCGCAUAUGGAUACUCCUUACCAGAUGAAAACAGUUCUCAAUUCCCAGUUGUGCCAUUUUCAAAGAUACACAGCUACCUACCCAAUACUGCCACGGAAACUCUUCGUAUCAGCGGCUUCUGGGAGACACUGUUGAGCCGGAUAGGGGAUGAUGUGAUGAUGUACUUAUUGGAACACUGCGCAGUCUUUAUGCUGGUUCCCCCUAGUAAUUGUUACCAAGUUUGUGGGCAACCGGUUUAUGAACUUAUUUCACAUAAUGUAGACUCAUCCCUGGUGUUUGUUAGACAAAGGUUCUCAAGGCACAAACAUACUAGCUUGAUAAAAUAUAUACGGAAGAGGCUUAUGUUUCAUAGAAAUUAUCUUCUAAAGUUAUAUGUGUGGAAAUACAGACGAAGAUUUGAAGAUAGUGUCUUCAGAUUGAGAAAUGAAGGAAAUAACAAGAGACAAAGUUUAGUGCCCACCGACCAGUGUUCUGCAAAAGCUGUUUCUAAAGCGAGCAAACAGAUCAGAACUGUUACUGAACAUCAGGAAAAGCAGAGUAGCUCCAGUUCAUGUGUUUCAGCUACAACUCCAUCUCUGAAAAGGAGGAUUCAUAGAGAACAACCUGAAAUUCCAGCCAAGAGAGCAAAAAGAGGGGAGAAAAUGAGAGAGGAAAAGGCUUGUAGUCUUGUUCUUGAUGUAAACCAAAGUAGUUCCGAGAGAUCUGAAACUCAGUACGUAGCUACAGCUCCAUCUCUAAAAAGGAGGAUUCGUAGAGGACAACCUGAAAUUCCAGCCAAGAGGGCAAAAAGAGGGGAGAAAGUGAGAGAGGAAAAGUCUUGUUCUCUUGUUGCUGAUGUAAACCAAAGUAGUUCCAAGAGAUCUGAAACGGGGUAUGUAGCUACAGUUUCAUCUCUAGAAAGGAAGAUUCACAGAGAACAACCUGAAGUUCCAGCCAAGAGGGCAAAAAUACGGGAGAAAGUGAGAGAGGAAAAGGCUUGUAGGCUUGUUGCUGAUGUAAACCAAAGUAGUUCCAAGAGAUCUGAAACGGGGUAUGUAGCUACAGUUCCAUCUCUGGAAAGGAAGAUUCGUAGAGGACAACCUGAAAUUCCAGCCAAGAGGGCAAAAAUAGGGGAGAAAGUGAGAGAGGAAAAGGCUUAUAGUCUUGUUGCUGAUGUAAACCAAAGUAGUUCCAAGAGAUCUGAAACUGGGUAUGUAGCACCCUGUUCCAAAAGUGUCAUUAAAACCCCCCAUAUUUCUGAAAGAAGUAGCAGUACUGUGUCUCGUCGUUCUUUGGUUCACACAUCUUGUGGCAGGAGGAAGUUUGUGGCAGGUAAAAGCUCUCUUCUGCAGAGAGUUCAGAGUAACAAGCCUUUAGAGUCCAACACCGAAGUGCAAGCAGAAUCCCAUAGGAAAAGAGUAGAGAUGCGUAUGUAUGAAUCUCAGUUGCCUUCAGGACAAACCAAACCCAUGGAGGGUACUUCAAAAUGCAGAGGGCAAGAAAGUCCCCAAUCUCAAUUAUCAAAGUUACCAAAUAGACUCCUGAGUUCUGCAGUAUACAUUGAGAGGAAGUCUCUUCUGUAUUCUUGCAGGAGUCUCCAAGAAUGUUUUCCUAAAUCAUUUGUACUGAAUUGCUUGCAGGGCUCUCAGGCAGGUGGAAGACUGCUUAUAGAAGCCAUAUUCUUAAGCCAAAAUCGGGUGCAGCAAAGGCAUAACCAAAGUCUGCCAGAACGCAAGCGGAGAAAGAAGAGGUUGCCCAAACGCUACAGGCAAAUGAGGGAUACAUUUCAGAACCUGCUAAAGAACCAUGGAAAGUGUGCUUACCUAGCUCUCUUGAGAAAAAAUUGCCCCAUUCGGAUAUCUGAAAUCAGUAUGAGAAAAAUCAUGCUGUCUUGUCGGGCAGCCUUGCCUGGGGAAGCAAAGGUUCAGAAGCAAGCAGAACAGUUUGGGAAAGAGCCUGCUAAGUGUGUGACAAGCAGCAGAUGUCAGUCUGGUCACACUGAUGUACCAGACAACUUAGGUGCUCCCAUUCCAGAAUCUGUGUGUGAGGAGUCACCACCAAGUGAGGAGCAAAACCUGGUAGAGACUCAUGAUUCAGCCCUCAAGGAGCUCCUCAAGCAGCACAGCAGCCACUGGCAGGUGUACAUGUUUGUGAGGGAUUGCCUGGAGAAGGUCAUCCCUUCUGAGCUUUGGGGUUCAAACCACAACAAGUGCCGGUUUCUAAAAAAUGUCAAAAUGUUCAUUUCUGGGGGAAGGUUUGCUAAGGUUUCGUUGCCGGAGUUGAUGUGGAGGAUGAGAGUGAAUGACUGCAUGUGGCUUCGUCUAGGCAAAGGUGAUCACUUUGUUCCUGCUGAUGAACACUGUUUCCGUGAAGAACUUCUGGCCAAAUUCCUGUAUUGGAUGAUGGGUACCUAUGUUGUUGAGUUGCUCAGAUCAUUUUUCUAUGUCACCGAGACCAUGUUCCAGAAAAACAUGCUCUUCUACUACCGGAAGUUUAUUUGGGGCAAGUUACAGAACAUUGGAAUUAGAAACCAUUUUGUCAAACUACAGCUACGGCCUCUGUCUUCAGAGGAGAUUGAAACUAUCCGUCAAAAAAAAUUUGUUCCAAUGGCAUCAAAGCUCCGGUUUAUUCCCAAACGAAAUGGGUUGAGACCUAUAGUAAAAGUGAGCGGUGUUGUCGAACCACGAGCACUCAGCAAGGAAAGCAGAGAAAAAAAGAUGAAUUGUUACAACACUCAGCUAAAAAAUCUGUUUAGUGUGUUAAAUUAUGAACGGACUAUAAACACCAGUUUUAUAGGCUCUUCAGUGUUUGGGAAAGAUGAUAUCUACAAGACAUGGAAGCAAUUUGUUAAAAAGAUUCUUGAAUCUGGUGGUGAAAUUCCUCAUUUCUACUGCGUAAAGGCUGAUGUGUCCAGGGCUUAUGAUACCAUCCCUCACAAUAAACUUGUGGAAGUGAUUUCGCGGGUCCUGAAGCCUGAGAAGAGAACCGUGUACUGCAUACGGCGCUAUGCUGUGAUUAUGAUAACCCCAAGUGGAAGAGCCAAGAGGCUCUAUAAGAGACAUGUUUCUACCUUCAAGGACUUUAUGCCAGACAUGAAGCAGUUUGUGUCUCAGCUUCAGGAGAGUGUCUCAUUGCAGAAUGCAAUAGUAGUUGAACAGAGCUUAACUUUCCAUGAGACGAGUUCCAGCCUGUUUAAUUUUUUCCUUCAAAUGAUACAUAACAGCAUCCUGAAGAUUAGGAACAGGUUCUACUUACAGUGCUGUGGAAUUCCACAGGGCUCCAUUUUGUCAAGCUUACUUUGCAGCUUAUUCUAUGGAGAUAUGGAAAACAGAUUGCUGUCUGGAAUACAGAAGGAUGGAGUCCUAAUACGUCUCAUUGAUGAUUUUUUGCUGCUUACACCACAUUUAAUGAAGGCAAGAUCUUUUGUAAGGUAUGCGAUCAGAGACAUAGAAGAAAAGCUUAGCAUCUACAGUGUAGUCAAUUGUAUCAUGCUUUUCAUAGUAAGAAAGGUGCAGCUCUGUUGUGAACCUGAAAGGACUCUAGCAACAGGUAUUCCUGAGUACGGCCUUUUAAUAAACCCAAAUAAGACAGUGGUGAAUUUUCCUGUUGAUGAUAUCCCAGGAUGUUCCAAAUUUAAACAGCUGCCAGAUUGUCGUUUGAUCCCGUGGUGUGGUUUGUUACUAGAUAUAAAAACACUCGAGGUUUACUGCGAUUACUCCAGUUACACCUGUACUUCUAUCAGAUCAAGUCUUUCCUUCAAUUCAAGUAUAACAGCUGGGAAAAACAUGAAAUACAAACUGAGUGCAGUCCUCAAACUGAAAUGUCAUAGUUUAUUUCUUGAUUUACAGAUCAACAGCCUUAGAACAGUUCUCAUUAACAUCUACAAGAUAUUUUUACUCCAGGCUUACAGGUUCCAUGCCUGUGUUAUCCAAUUUCCAUUCAACCAGCAAGUUAGAAAAAAUCCUCGUUUCUUCCUAAGGAUUAUUUCUCAGAAUGCAUCAUGCUGCUAUGCUAUCCUGAAAACAAUAAAUGCAGGGAUUGCUGAAGGUAACAAAGAUGUAUCUGGCAUAUUCCCUAUUCAGGUAGCAGAAUGGCUCUGCUACCAUGCCUUCAUUGUCAAACUGUCAAAUCACAAAGCUUUUUACGAAUGUCUGCUUAAACCCGUAAAAGUCUGUAAGAGGAGGCUAAUCAGGAAGAUCCCAGAGGACACUGUGGCACUACUGCGGGCAGUGACAGAACCAUCUCUUUGUCAAGAUUUCAAAACUAUCCUGGACUAACUGAUUGAGGUUUAUUUAAUAAUUUUCCCACAUUUGAAAAUAAAUACUGUGUCUUUGGGUGACUUCUCUGUUGUUUAUUUUGGUGGAGUGGCCCAAAAGCAAGUUCACUCAGAAGUUUUAUGUGUUUGCUUCUUAGAAGACACAAAAAGAGCAGACAGUUUUGUUAAUACCUUCUUGUUUGGGUUUUUGUUUGUGGGGUUUUUUUUGUAAAUUCACAGGCUGUUUGAAGUAAUUUACUUGGCUAUGUUCCAUGAUUCCCAUCUUCUUGAUGGAGGAAUCAUUAAACUAUGUUCUGUAAAAAAUUAUUUAUUUUUUUGUUUCAGUGAG